UGAAAAGUAUUUUUUAACACAUCAUGAACUGAGUCCUGCAUGACUGUGCUUCAACUGUGAGAACUUAUGACCCUAUUGUAUUUGAGAGGUGUUUUCAUAUCAACGGGUGCUAUGUUGUAUGAGAAAUGUGCAUGGCAUUGUGACAAUUCAUGCUGGUCUUUCAACAUGUUCAAGGGUCUAAUUGACACAGAAUUUAUUUCUGUGCGCAUGAAGCUAAUAAAGCUUCCAUUUGAAGGAGGUGCAGACGUACCACAAAGUUGCCAAUUCGGGUUUCGCGUUCAACGUAUUCUCCGCACGCUCUCUGCCCAUUCUUAAGAUUUUCAUCCAGUUGUAUACUUUUACCUCAAGGAAUCAAUUGAAACGGGAAAUCAGAUAUGUUCAGCCAUGCAGAAUUCCUAUGCAGGAUUUUGAUGGCUAAGAUUCCCAUGGAGUGCUACAACCUCUGUUAGUACCAUGACUGGAAGAUUCAGUUUCUUGUUCUGAAUCAGCCGGAUUCGUAAGAUUCUCUUAGAAAUUCUGUUGUUUUUACAACUUUUGCGUCUGGGAUGUUUCUUGUCUCAGAACUUUGCCGAUCUUUGUGGAUGUAGCAGGUUUUUCCCAGCAACCCGUGGUGAGUGCUAAUUGGCUCUAUAUUAGAAGACGAGGUUCCUUUAGCUUCAACCAGUACUCUAUACUUUGGAAAGGAACUGGCUUUUAAAAGAUCAACACAUCUUUAUCUUUGGAAUCGAUGGCGUAGGAAGUUAUCCACAGAUUGUUGAAUUGUGUGAGGAAUUCUCUUGCAGACGCAAUUACAAAAGCCUUGUACUUUAAUGCAGACAUUGGAUACAUUCUUGAGGAUUAACACGAGAUUUCAAGGAUAGAAAAAGAUGGCCGGGUUCCACCGUAGGGCAAAUCGGGAGGAGAUACGUUCUCGAUUGAGAUCAGCCCGGAGAUUGUCGGCACCCGUUGGGAAGAGUCCCUCUAUGCUACUGUUUAUUCCACCGACGUGCUUGGCGAAGGCCCUGUACGACAACUUGGCCGAAACCCAGGAGGAGAUCAGCUUCAAGAAAGGUGACAUUGUGACCGUCAUUGAACGGGACACGAACGGUCUCGAAGGCUGGUGGCUCUGUUCCCUCAAAGGGCGCAAAGGGAUAGCGCCAGGGAAUCGUCUCAAGAUAUUGACGGGAAUUACGCAGGAACCUGCCGUGAAUGCGAGUAUGGCUUCGACGACGAGUAUAGCACAGGCACAGAAUCAGACCAAAUGGAGAAGGAGUUGGGAUGCACAACAAAAUAAGGUCGUUGUGACGCCACAAAAGGUGGGGGGAGUUUACGUCUACGAGCAGGGCAACACCAACAAGGGCCAACAGGAUUAUGACGUGCCACCAAAUAGAUACUUCGAGCCAUCGCCAACAACUGCAUCUCGGGAAGUGGACAGCCAACCCACGUACGACACUCCACCAUCCCAGUCUGCGAGAUCAUCCAGGGCAAGCUUGGAGGAUCAAGUCUACGACGUUCCACCAUCUCAGAGAUCGUCGUACUAUGAUUCGCCAUCAAAUCGUAGCAGCGGCGUCUCAAUGAUGUCCGCUGGAUCGAGCAUGUCAGGAAGUGCUUCAAAUACCAGUUUCCAAUCACCGAAUAUGUGUAGCUCUGCUCGAUCAAGUUCGGAGAUCAAUCCGCAAGAUAUAUACGACGUUCCACCAGCUUGGGGGUCCGACUCUCAAACCCAUCCAAGCCUUCAGAAAAAGAUUCCCGAUCUGUCUUAUCAUACGCCAACAAAAUCUGUUGACUCUGGUAUAUACGAUACCCCACCUAGUGCCCAAAAACAAAAUGAUAUAAAUAGAUAUGGUGGUCUGAAGUCUUAUGGCGGAUCGUUAGAUACAUUAAAAUCGCAAAAUCUGGUUGAUGAACAUGAUUAUGAUGUACCAAGUGAGGGGCCGUCGCAUAUAAACAAAUCAUUCGGUAGUCGGUCUUCCAUUUUAGAUUCUGACACCUAUGAUGUUCCUCAUGUGAACACUCCUGUAGGUAGUAACAGAUCUUCCUUUAACGAUCCAAAUAGUGUCUAUGAUAUUCCACCGCAAGUGACCAAGGACAUGCCGACGACGUUGAGGAAGUCUGAUUCUCAGGGGUCAAUGGAUAAUCUUGACCUUAGGAUGAGGCGGUUGUCAACGUCUUCCGCGGGGUCAGAUUUACCCAACAUUCCAUAUGAGGAGCUUCCAUACGAACUUGAUGCCGCCAUGGAUCUCUUGAUAAAGCUCCAGCAGGAUGUGCAUAUUGCAACCAAUCGUCUGCUCGCAUUUGUCAGCAGUACAUGGCGUAGCCGGCUAAACUUAGAAAACAAUGUUUACAAUAUUAAAAUGUGUUGUGAGCGCGUCGCUUCUGCCUUGAAGCAGUUUCUGGACUUCGGACAAGGUGCGCUUGCCAACUCAGCAAGAGCUGCGGAUAAGAAAUUAAUACAAAAGUUAUACAAGGCGCUGCGCCCAUUGCAGGAUUACUCUAAUUCCAUUGGGCUCUGUCUGAAUGAACUUGAAAAGAUGGAAUGGCAAGUGUCGAAGUUAGUUCAAGUGAUCACAGUGCCACCUGGUGUUGGGACCGAUCCCUUAGGUCAGAUCGUAGCUGUGUCGACAGAUAUUGUUGGCGAUGCCAGGAUUGUAGUUUCCAUAGUGCAGGGCAACUCCUCACUCUUAUUCCGGAGGGUAGGGAAUGUUGAAAACAAACCUCCUUUACCUGCACCGAAACCAGGAGUUGGGAUGCGAUCGAGAGGUGCUUCAAUGGAACGAGCGCUCACACCAGAGCGUCGCAACAGUCUUCAGGAGCGACCUCUACCUGCGACCCCACAGGAACAGCGGUCUCAGCAGUCACCACCACGGAGUAGUGAUAAGCCACCGUUACCACCGGGAACUUUAGCAAGGCGAUCAUCAAAAGAGAACAUUAUUGACAACAAUGAUUAUGAGAACGAUAGCCGUGAUUGGGUUGAUGAGUAUGACUAUGUGCAACUGCAUCAGGGGAAAGAGAUCGGCAAGCAAAAAGUGGCUGCUCAAAAUCAGCAAAGGACAGAGGAGAAGACUCCAGUUAUAACUGAGGACAAAGAGAAAGUGGAACAUUCCCCAUAUGGCUCUAUUGGGGCGAGAAAGAAACAAGAAAUGUCACCUUCUGGUUGUUUAGGUAGUCCGUCUGCUUCUCAAGGACAGGUCAACCAAGCUGGUUUGAUUCCCAGUGACAAGCAGUUGUUAUUGUUCUACUGCGGUCAGAUUGUCACACACGCUAACGUACUUAACGGAGCAAUAGACUCGUUUUUGAACUGCAUCGAGUGUAACCAACCACCAAAAGUUUUCGUGGCGCAUAGUAAAUUUGUAGUCCUCAAUGCCCAUAAGAUGGUGUACAUUGGCGACACAUUACACAGGAAUGUUAUCCAUGCCGAAAUACGCAAUAAAAUCAUGCAUUGUGCAAAUUAUUUGUGCGAGACUUUGAAGCAGACGGUAGUUGCUACGAAGACGGCCGCCCUUCAGCAUCCUUCAGUUAUUGCUGUCCAGGACAUGGUUGACCGUGUUGUUGAUGUCUCGCAUGCCGCAAACGAGGUCAAGAUCGUCAUCUCGCAAGCAGCAGCUUUAUAACUUGUAUUGUUCAUGUUAUAUUAGUCUGUAAACCACCAAAUGUUCAUGGGCAUUUGACUUCUGCAGACAUCAUGAUUGACCUCAGUUCAAUAAAAUAGAAUGGUGAGAUACAAGAUGUUAUCCACUUGUGAAACUGGUGCCUCUUUGUAAAACAUUCACAGUUUACAGUUUGAACAAUUCAAUUGUUGUUACAAUAACUUCCAGCGUUAUAUUAACAAUAACUCAAUAAUCUUUAUGCAUUAAUGUAACAUAUACAUGGAAUCAGCAGUACACUGCUGAUUGAAGCAAUAACUUGACACUCGUGAGUACUUGAAUUAGCUCCAGUUGUAUCAUGUGGUACAGUAAACACGUACAUCUGUGCUGCCAAGUGCCAGUGUGGGGAACUAUUCAGAUGAGCGUUUCUUGGUGAGGGAUUGACAGCGCUCUUAAUCAAAAUUGUUAGAUAUACAUCCUUUGUUAGUUAUAGACGACUGCUCCUGUGAGGAGGAAGGGACUCUCAAAUGAGGAGAAUUACUUGUACAGUAUUUUAUUGAAGCUCUUGUCUCUUUUGACUUAUAAUGUAUGCCUAUUUUGAUAUGUACAAAAUAUUAUACAUGUAGUUAAAAACUUGUAAAUACGACUAUAAACUUUGUAAAUAGGCAAACUGCUGUUUUAUUUCUAGUUUAGAAUAAUUAUGAAUUGUGAUUUAGUAUUGCCUUGACAGGAGUCUCCAAUCAAACAAAUUAUAUGCCAUUCCACCUUCAAGAGCCGGUGUGAGUUGUAAACCCUGAUUUUCACCACAGUGAAAAAAAAACAUCAUCUCACACACUUUCAAGCCACUAUCCAAUGCAUUAUCAUGGAGGGGAAGAUGCAAUGUGAUUGCAGAGGAGUAAGUUAUGGAUUUCGGCUGUUUCCUUGAAGAUUUUCAAAGUGACUUUUUAUGUACGCAGGUCAUGUGUAUCAAUAUUACCAGUCUCCAGCCGAAAUAGGUCAGGUAUUAUCAUGUACAUGUAGUAAGGCCUAUUUUUAUCAGGUAACCAUUUCAGAAAAUUUCUUCUAAUAAUGAUCAGUCCUCAUGUUUUGAAAUAUUUACCUGAUGUAUGUUCAUUGAAUCUGAAUGAAUAACGUAUUUCAUAA